UCGCGCCAACCGUGCUGGCUGUCCAGCGAGGAAAGAUCUUGUCAUUCCGACCCCAGCCGGUGUUUUUUACGUGCCGCUGCGCGAAGAACUACGCUCGCUCGGGAGUGACAAGUUCUUGGUGACGAUCGAGGAAGCCAUCAAGAUGUCGACGUCUUCUGGACCCCCAGAAUCGUGGAUCUCGUCAUUCUGCUCCCUGCUCGGCCACGAGUACUUUGCCGAGGUGUCGGAGGAGUUCAUUGAGGAUGAUUUCAACCUCACGGGCCUGCAGAACCAGGUCGCUAUGUACAAGGAAGCGUUAGAGAUGAUCCUCGAUGUCGAGCCGGAGGAAGAUGACGACGACGAUGAGGAGGAAGAGGAGGACGAGGAGGACGCCUCGGGCGACGGGCGCGAAGGCGCCGGGGGGCGCCAGAGGAGGCAUCACAGCCGCGUUGCGAGUGACUUGUCGGUGAUUGAAUCCUCCGCCGAGAUGCUCUACGGGCUCAUCCACCAGCGCUUCAUCUGCUCGAGAGCCGGCAUCCAGCAGAUGUCGGAGAAGUACGACCUGGGCCACUUUGGCGUCUGCCCGCGGACCAACUGUAACCAGACUCGGACGCUUCCCGUCGGCCUCUCCGACAUACCCGGCGAAGACACGGUCAAGCUGUUCUGCCCCUCGUGCCUCGACGUCUACGUCCCGCCAAACAGCCGCUUCCAGACGGUGGACGGCGCCUUCUUCGGCCGCACCUUUGGUGCGCUCUUCCUCCUCACCUUCCCCGAGUACGACCUGUCGCGGUCGGCCGCCGAGACGGCGUCCAACCUGGGCCGGUCGGCCGAGGAGCAGGGCAUGGUCAAUGGCAUGUAUGCGCGCAACAUCGCGCCGGGCCUCGGCCGUGGCAAGAUCUACGAACCCAAGAUCUACGGCUUCAAGGUAUCCGAGCUGUCGCGCGCCGGGCCGCGCAUGCGCUGGCUGCGUGACAAGCCCGACGACGUGACGGUCCUGGACGAAGCCCGCCGCUUCGCCGAGGAGCACGGUGCCGAUUCGGACGACGACGACGAGAGCAUGACGCACAGCCGCCGGCCCCCCACCGCGAGGAGACGCCGGCCGGGGGGCAACCCGGCGCUGCGCCAGCGUCAGGGGCAGAACGGGAGUCCGAUGAAUGUCGACACUAACGGUGCCGAGUCGGAGCUCUAGGCGGAUGACGGGGUAUCACUGCAAAGGAGCACCCGUGGGCAGGCCAAGCAAACAAGAUUUCUGACGCCUCUCGGGGGAUUGCAAUGGUUUUCUCUUGGGG